AUGUCAAGAUUUGUCAGAGAGGGAGAAAUUAGCGAGCAGGAUGCUGCAUUGGCUGAGGCGAAGGAGGCAUUGGAGCGCCAGAAGUUUCUAGCUACGGAAAAGGGUGACGACGAGGGCACCGAUGGCGAGCGAAAGUCCAUGUUUCAGCAGAUCAAGGAUAACAAGAAGCAGAAGGCGAAUGAGAGUCAAACCGCUUUUGAGGACCGAAAUGUUUCACACAAGCUAGAUGCCAGAGAAGUGAUAUUUUACGACCAAUUGAGGGCAGAGGAACUCGAGCGAGAUACCAAGGUCAGAUUGCACGAGAGAUCUCGAUUGAACGACUUCCGAAGGGCACAGGAGUUGAAAGCCAAAGCUUCCGCGCAGAGCAUUCCAAUGACCGGAAGAGUCACAAAAGACAUCAAACCUAUACUGAAGAAGACCCUGUUGAUCCAAGGUUUGGUUCGGAAGGUUGGCAUGGCGUACGAGUCGAGCGAUGCAGUUCCAAAAGCUGAUAUCCCAACCACGGGAAAGAGCAUGCCUAUUACCGGCUACUCGUCCAGCGAUGAAGAGUGAUUGAAUCUGCGAAGCAAGUGACUCAGGUAUACUGUUGCAGGCUGUCCUUUUGUGAAUCUUAGUAACAGUAAAGACACUGGGUACGAGACAAUUAUUUAAACACAGUUCAGUGUGAGGAAUAAACCUUGAUUUAGGCACUUUUUAGAACCAUUUGCCGUUAGGUCAAAAGCAGAGUCUGCAUCUUUGACAGACUUUUAUCGCCUUUGGAUUAGUCAGUUUAAAUGGACCCACCCGACCCUAAAUUUCCUGACAGCAUUCCUCUAAUACAGAAAUACAUUACAAAUACUCAGAAGCACGGAGACGCAUUGAAUGGACAAGAAUAAUCAGUCGGUUACCUAAAACGUUCCACCAACGUGAGGACGACCCCAAUGGC